UGGUGCAGUCCAUCACAGAGGGGGGUAUUUACAAAGCUAGGUGAGAAUUCACCAGGAAUGCUGAGGAAUGAAGCUGGAAACAAGCCGCUUUAAUUGGUCCCAGCGCGCGCGCAGCUCACCUGCCUUUAAUUGGACUAUCGCGACAAGUUGUUGAAGUGACGUCGGCGAAGCUGACUCCUUUCAAAGCAACAAGGAUCUUCACGCGAGACUAAUUGAGCGUCGCGUAGGACCGCAGCGAGGCAGGGAAGGCGCUGAUCAGCAUCAGGAGGCCGAGCAGAGGAGACGGGUAGCGGGCGCUGGGCGGGCAUCUUAGCCUGAUGUGGGUGGAUGGAUGCAGGGCAGAGGGCUCCAGCGUCUCAGCAUGGACAUAAAAUAUUUCAUCUGAGCAGAAGAAGCAGGGACUCUGACUUUUUUUGAAAAAAAAAAAACUCUGGAAUUGGUUUUUUACUCCCUCCCUCUCUUUCUAUCACUCUCUUUGGGGAAGCAAAAGCUGCUCCAUCCCUGUACCUGCCACCAGGUAUCCGUCUCGUUUUGGCGCGAGUGGUCCCCAGAUCUCGGAGACAUGGGGUGCACUGUGAGCGCUGAGGAUAAGGCUGCAGCCGAGAGGUCAAAGAUGAUUGACAAAAACCUCCGAGAAGACGGAGAGAAGGCAGCAAGAGAAGUGAAACUGCUUUUGUUAGGUGCUGGGGAGUCUGGGAAGAGCACUAUUGUAAAGCAAAUGAAGAUCAUCCAUGAAGACGGAUACUCAGAAGACGAGUGCAAGCAGUAUCGAGCGGUGGUGUACAGUAAUACCAUCCAGUCUAUCAUGGCUAUUGUUAAAGCCAUGGCCAGUCUCAAGAUAGACUACAGCAACCCUGCCAGAGCGGACGAUGCCCAGCAGCUCUUCGCCCUUUCUGCCGCUGCCGAGGAGCAGGGCAUUCUUCCUGAAGACCUAGCCAAUGUGAUCAGGCGGCUGUGGGCUGACAGCGGCAUCCAGAGCUGCUUUACACGGUCGCGAGAAUACCAGCUGAAUGACUCAGCAGCGUAUUACCUGAAUGAUCUGGAGAGGAUAGCAAAAGCAGAUUACAUCCCCACGCAGCAGGAUGUGUUACGAACUCGGGUUAAAACCACCGGCAUUGUUGAGACUCACUUCACCUUCAAGGAACUGCACUUCAAGAUGUUUGAUGUUGGAGGCCAGCGCUCAGAGAGGAAGAAGUGGAUUCACUGUUUUGAAGGGGUAACUGCCAUCAUCUUUUGUGUUGCACUGAGUGCUUAUGACUUGGUACUGGCUGAAGAUGAAGAGAUGAACCGAAUGCACGAGAGCAUGAAGCUCUUCGACUCCAUUUGCAAUAACAAGUGGUUCACUGAAACCUCCAUCAUCCUCUUCCUCAACAAGAAGGACCUGUUUGAGGAAAAAAUCACUCGUAGUCCGCUCACCAUCUGCUUCCCUGAAUACUCAGGAGCCAGCAAAUUUGACGAGGCUGCCAGUUACAUCCAGACCAAGUUUGAGGACCUGAACAAGAAAAAGGACACCAAGGAGAUCUACACCCACUUCACCUGUGCCACUGACACCAAGAACGUGCAGUUUGUCUUUGAUGCCGUCACUGAUGUUAUUAUUAAGAACAACCUGAAGGACUGUGGUCUUUUCUAAAGGACAAUGCAUCCCACCGCACACAGACUGCAUGAGAGACUACAACAGCCAUGUGAUGAUUAAUGCUUUUCAUAAUGAAAACCAAGUCAGCAGAUUUUUGAGGAGGGAACCUGCCAGAACUUCUACAAUCAAUAUGACACAAACACCACCUUCUGUUGCCCAUCAUGCUUGCUCCCUAAUUUGAUAAAAGCAAUUAAGCUACUUUAUUUUAUCUGCAACUAUACAUAUAUAUAUAUAUAUAUUUACUACUGAGUAAUAAUAAUAAGCCCAUAUUAUGACCUGAUCAAUGGAUAUACUUCAAAUUUUAAAUACCUGCCACCUCUAAGAUGUUUAUGGACCAUUUAUUAAUGCUGCGUUCAUUUAAUUUGUCUGUUUUGUAUUUGAGUUUUUCAUGUUUCUCUUUUUGAUUUGGACGUUACAGAGGACACUUGACAAAAAUAACCCAGACUUUUUAUAAAUGAACUUAUGAACACAUGAACUUAUGUUGACUCUCAACUUCUGAACCUUUGAAACUGCACAGAGCUUAUUUUUUAGAAGAAAUCCUACAAGCAUGGAGAAUGAGAAGGAAUGGGGAGAAAUGGUUUUUGUACACUGUUUACACUGAAUCAAUAUUCACUCUUGUAUGUUGCAUCGUUCUGCAUGACGGUCUUAGAUUAGGUUGUGUCGCUCUGCCCCACAGAGUGAAAAACAUUCCUUAAGCAUCUUGUUUAAAGAAACAAAGCAGAAAUGUGUCACUUUUACGGUAUCUACGAGAUUUUAUGUCUGUUCCUGAUGACGAUUGUUCUCCGUCUUGUCAUUCCAAGUCUUUUUACAUAUGUUUGUGCCUUGAUAUCUGUUUACACUUGUUCUUUAGAGAUGUGCUGACUUCCAUAUUGUGAAAUUGGGGCUAUUUUUACUCCAUCACAGAAUCACGAUCUAAAAUGCAUCAUGACACAAAUGGAUGAUAGCUGUUUAUUAAUCUUAAUAUAAAAGCCAUUCACUUGUUUAGUGUAAAUAAAGUUUGACCACAU